UGCAUGGCAACAUCAUCCACCCAACCACUUUUCCCCUCUGAGUGGGUAUCACCUGGAACACACCUAAAUCUCAUGGGGAGCUUCAAGCCAGGCAUGGUUGAAGUAGACUGUGGUCUCAUUAGCUGGGCAGAGAUGAUCAUUGUUGAUUCAAUUGAAGCAUGUGUGAUUGAAGCCAGAGAGCUCAUUGCUGCCAGUCUAAGUGCUGGAGAUAUGAUUGAGACUGGGCAGUUGGUAGAGGAAUGGGAUUGUCAAGACAGGCUGGGAGAGAUUCAAAUGAGGAAAAGUGACGUGACAGUGUUCAAAUCAGUAGGCAUUGGGUUACAGGAUGUUGCUAUUGUGAGGCUCACUUUCUUUAACCUGCUUUCCGGAAACUUCAGGAUGAUUGAAAAAUGUAGUCCUCAUAUUGCCAUGAUGAUAUUUGAAGCUGGGAUUGACUAG